AUGGUUUUCAUGGAUGAAAAUGGCGACAAAAUUCACAGUUCUAUUUGCAGUGACCUAUUUCCCAAGUUUUAUUUAACAAUUAUUCCAGGAUUUACAUAUAUCAUAGGAAAUUUCACAGUCCGGGAUAAUUUUGAAUAUUUUCCCUCAAACUCUCAUCCGUUUGAACUCCACUUCCGGGCCGACACUUUUUACCAUCUAAUUCAUGAUUUCCCCAUAACCCGCUCACCCUAUUCCUUUGUCCGAAUACCAGAUGUACUUAACCUAGAUGUGAGCUACAACAAUUUAAUAGAUGUAAUUGGAGUUCUAACCAAAAUUGGAAGAGUUCAAGAAUUUACUGUCAACGAAAAUGUUGAGAAGCUGGUUAGAUUUGAUCUUUCUGCAGCAGGCACCAAAAUUAUAAGUGUACUGAUUGCACAGUUUGUAGACCAAUACAUUGAUUUUGUGUCUACUGGUCGUGCGUUAGGUGUGGUUGUUUUGAUACAGCUUGGCAGAGUCAAGGCUCGCCCAGACUUACCAUUUGACUGCCAGUUGGUUGAUAGUAGGUUAGAUCUGCAACGAAAUACGGGUUAG